AUGCUAAAAGGCUUGCUGCGCAGUGGAGAACUCCAGCGCAAUCGACACGGUGAUUACCAAUUGCCGGAUGGCGGCGCACCCCGCAGCGCUGUGGUGCAGCUGCGCGGUCGCAUGAUGGUUGUGGAUGAUCUGCCUAUAGAUGAUGCCGGGCGUAUGAAUCUGCGUGUCGGUGAUGAAAUUGAAUAUCGCGUCAGCGAAGGUCACGCACAGGUGUUACAGGUCACCCGUCUUUCCCAGGCAUUGUUUACCGGAAUUUUCAGCAAGCAGGGACGCGACCAGUUUGUGAACGGCCUGGGCCAGGAUCGGGGUCGUGUCAAAAUUCUGCAGCCGGCAAAAAAAGCACGCGACGGCGAUACUGUGCAGGUCACCAUCACGGAGCGAGAUGAGCGUGGCUUAAGCGGCAUCGUUGCUCACAUUCUGGCCAGUGAAAAUGUUUUGGACCAGGCCAUCCAGACAGCGGUCACCGCCGGCGGUAUCCCGUUUGAGUGGCCCGCUGAGGUCACCUCAGCCGUGUCUAAGCUGCCAACCAGAGUGGUCGCAGGUCGUCAUCCCCAACGUGAAGAUCUGACUGGAUUACCGCUGGUAACCAUUGAUGGAGAAACCGCCAGAGACUUCGACGAUGCGGUUUAUGCUGAGCCGCUGAAGCGGCGUGCUGGCGGGUUCCGCCUGGUGGUAGCCAUUGCAGAUGUGGGCCACUAUGUGAAACGCAAAACGCCCCUGGACGAUGAAGCCGUGCUGCGUAGCACAUCAGUCUACUUCCCGGAGCGGGUCAUUCCGAUGCUGCCGGAAGCGUUGUCUAACGGGUUGUGUUCGCUGCGGCCGGAAGAGCCGCGCCUGGCGUUGGCCUGCGAAAUGUUCAUAGAUGCCAAAGGCAAUAUUUAUAAACAUCAGUUCAGCGAGGCGGUUAUUUUUUCGCAUGCACGGCUAACUUAUAACCAGGUGCAGGCUUAUCUGGAUAGCGGGGCCAGUUUGCCCGUGAGUAGGGCUUCCGCCCAGGCGGUGAACCAGUCGAUCAAGGCGCUGGCUCAGUUGCACGAUGUGAUGCGUGCAGCCCGUGCCAAACGUGGCGCGCUGGAAUUUGAGACCCACGAGGCGAGCAUCGAAAUUCAGGAUGGUCGGGUUGCGUCGAUCAUCCCUGUUGAACGUCUGGUUGCCCAUCAACUUAUUGAAGAAGCCAUGAUUGCGGCUAAUGUCAGCGCGGCGGUAUUUUUGGAAGAAGCGCAGGUGCCCGCACUCUAUCGCGUUCACGAAACACCGGAUCCGGACAAGGUGGCAGAAUUCAGCCAGGCCCUUGGCCAGAUUGGGGUGAAACUGCCCAGCGGUGAAAUUACGCCUCUGGUGCUGCAGUCUGCGCUGAACCGCCUGCCUGAUUAUGCGGACCCAUGGUUAUAUGGACAGAUGGCACUGCGCACGCUGAAACAGGCGCUAUACAGUCCAAACAACCAGGGUCACUUCGGCCUCGCGCUGGAUCGCUACAUGCAUUUCACCUCACCGAUCCGGCGCUAUCCGGAUCUGAUUGUCCAUCGCGCGAUAAAAUCGGUGUUGGCGAAACGGGCUGGCCGCAAAAGUAAAAAUGUACCGGGCAUGGAUGAGCUGCAUCAGCUUGGAGAAAUCUGUUCAAGCAAUGAAAGGCGUGCGGAAAGUGCCGGCUGGAUGGUAGAUGCCUGGCUGAAAUGCGAUUUUCUCCGCGAUCGUGUCGGUGACACGUUUGAGGGUGUGAUCGCCAGCGUCACUGAGUUUGGUCUGUUUGUCGAUCUGGAUAAGUACUAUGUUCAGGGUCUUCUGCACAUUUCUAACCUCGGCUCAGAUUAUUUUAACUUCGAUGCCAGAGCAUUUGCCCUGGUCGGCGAGCGCAGCGGUCGUAAGUUUCGGCUGGGUGAUCGGUUGCAGGUCAUUGUGAAUGAUAUCGACCCUCCCCAGGGUCGUAUUGAUUUAAGCCUGCCCGGCAUGGCCAGCGGGCGCACAAAGAAAUCAGCAGGACCGCCGCGGGAAACGCUCAUGAGUGAUGUUUAUGGUAUCCAGCCGGCCCGCGCACUCUUGCGUGAUUCCCCUGAGCGAGCGCGGGCAUUGUACAUUCUGCAGGGGCGUCGUGACGCGCGAGUGAAUGAGCUGAUCAGCCUGGCUAAAGACGCUGGCAUUCGCCACCAGAGCAUGGACGCCACCUGGUUUCGGCGACGUGCCGCUGAUGCUGCACACCAGGGUGUGUUGCUGGAAUGCCACGAGCUGGCGUUGGCUCGGGAACAGGACCUGUUUGACAGCUGGGACAAAUUUAAAACGCCACCGUUGUUCCUCAUUCUUGAUGGUGUGACAGAUCCGCGCAAUUUUGGUGCCUGUUUACGCAGUGCCAAUGCUGCCGGGGUAGAUGCGGUGAUUGUGCCCAAACGCAACAGUGCGCCACUGAGCCCGGUGGCACUGAAAACGGCUCAGGGUGGGGCAGAAAAUCUGCUCAUUGUUGAGGUGGUCAAUCUCGCGCGGUUUAUGAAACAACUGAUGCAACGCAACGUCUGGAUCAUCGGUGCUGAUGGCGAGGCGGCGCAAUCCUAUACCGAGAUUGAUGCCCAGGAUGGGUUAGCGUUGGUGAUGGGCAGUGAAGGUAAAGGCUUGCGCCGGCUGACCAGGGAGCACUGUGAUCAGCUGGUGCAUAUUCCAAUGCAAGGCAGUGUCAGCAGCCUCAAUGUGUCCGUGGCCACCGGUGUCAUCCUGUUCGAGCUGCAGCGCCAGCGAAUGACAGCCGCGUCGGCUCAGUAA